GCUCAUGGACGGCGGCGACCCGGCCGCGCUCGACGCCGUCGACGCGGACGGCCGGCCUGGUCCCUCGGAGGUGGCCCUCGUGGUCUACCCGUCCACUGGCGAGAGGGAGCUCAUGAGGCACACUGACCUCGUCACCGCCGUGGCCGGCGCGGCCUUGCCCGAUGAAGGCCGCGUCUGCCUGGCCUCGCUCCCGGGGUGGGGCGCCGACGUGCACGGCGGCGUGGCGCUGCUCGCACUCGGGCUCCCCGCGGGCGGAGCGACAACCGUGCUCCUACCGCCGUCCUCCUCCGACCUGCGUGCCGCGGUGGCCGCCCACGGCGCCACCGACGUCGUGGCGACCACCGAAGCGGCCGCGGCGCUCUUUGCUCCAGCGCUGCCACAAGGGAAGCUCGCCUCGCUGCGGAGGGUGACGGUGGUGACACCGCUCGAAGACGACGCACGGCAGGCGUUCCGGCGCAGGCUAUCGUGGGUCGAUCUGGCGGAGAUGGGAGCGGCGACGGCAGAGUCGCCGGAGCAGGUGCAGGUGGCUCCUGCGCCUCUGUUGUUCGUGCAACCUGAUGCUGCAGCCACACAGCUCAAGGGCAAAAUACCAGAUCAAAUGCCAGAGACAAGCGAUGCUACCUCUCUGGUAAGAAACCGUGUAUGCACUGAAAAAACCAAAAUUACCAACAACAACAAAAAUGAUUGCACUGGCACAUAACAUGCUCACACCUGAACCAGAAACACCUGACAGUAGAGUCUGUAAAUUUACGCUAUAAACAAUGUAUUUUCCACCCGGUCGCCUGAACCAAUUAAGAAACUUGUGUAUCAACCCCAGAAAGGUAAA